GUUUUAAUUGAACCAAGGAGUUCAGCGAUCAGUCAGCGAGAUUGGCACUGUUCUCUACAGACAGGUUUGGAAAGAGAUCCUUUUUAGAUCUUCAAAUCGCCGCGGGAUGUGCUGAUGUUUGGUAUGGAGGACUUGAAAGCCCCCAUUAGGUUUUUCCACAAGUCUUCAUUCAGCAUCAGCAGCCUCCUCCUCCGACGAGAGGGAGUGAUGAGUGACGGCGGCGCCGUGGUGGAAGUGCCCCGCUCCCGUAGCGCCAAGACCCGAACCCACUUUCUGCCAGGGCGGACAGGCAGAGAACUCUGCCUUCGGGAUGAGGACUACAAUAAUGCCGACUGCAAUAAAAAUAACGAUAAAACAUUAUGCGCAGUCCGUGAAGAGAGGCCAGUUGCCAGCGAAGAGAGGAGGGGAAAAAGAGAAGAGAGAGACGGAGAGGGAGAAGAGAGGAGAGGCGGUGAGGCAGAAAGGAAAGUCAAAUAUGAGAAACCUCCGUUCAGCUACAACGCGCUAAUAAUGAUGGCGAUUCGCCAAAGUCCAGAGCGACGACUCACACUCAGUGGCAUUUAUGAGUUUAUCAUGGGAAACUUCCCCUACUACCGUGACAACAAACAAGGCUGGCAGAACUCGAUCCGUCAUAACCUGAGCCUCAACAAGUGCUUCGUCAAAGUACCCCGCCACUACGACGACCCCGGCAAAGGCAAUUACUGGAUGCUUGACCCCUCCAGCGACGAUGUAUUCAUUGGUGGCACGACUGGGAAACUCCGCCGCCGUUCCACCGCCGCCUCCAGGGCAAAGCUUGCUAUUAAGAGGGGCACUCGUCUGGCCUCCACAACAGCUGCCGGGCUUGCGUUCACUGGGUCGUUCUACUGGCCUGUCGCACCUUUCCUGACUUUGCAACAACCCUCACAGCCACACCCGGGCUCGGCGCUAGGCUACAGCUCGUCAUAUUUCGGGCCUCAUCACAGUAAUUAUGCCUCCACGGUUUUGUCUCAGACUUCGCAACACAUAAGUGCGACAGUAGCCGGGACAGACCGAUUGCUCCAGGUCACCCAGGAAACUCCGUUCUGUGGGGUUACUGGUGGUAUACCCAGACGGCACCAGAUGAGUUCGUCCACCUCUUUCGCCCCCACCCCGCUGGCCUGCGCCCUGUCUCUACCAAACCAGUGCUCCUUCAACCUGCUCCCCAGCCAAGCCAGUUACAUCUAUUCUCAUCAGGUACCCCACCCGACGACCCUCGGCGGACUGUGCCCGGGACAGGCCUCGCCGCCCAAAGCGUCUCCUGUUGGACACUUUCUGACUGGGAGGAACGGAUCAUCCGAAUACAUUGGGAGCCUCUGCGCCGAGUUCCCAAAUUACUGUCCCCAAAACAAUACCACAACCCCCCUGAGCGCCAUUCUGCCAUAA